UCAUCAUCAUCAUUAUCAUCAUCCCUGCAUGUCCCACAGACUAACGCUUCCACAGCAUGGCAAAACAGCACUGAAGCCAACGCAACACAUUUGCUUCCCAACAAUACCACAACAGCACCCAUUCACACAGAUGUUAAUGGCACAACAACAGCCAUAACAACACCCAGCUAUGCUGAACAUAAUGAGACUACGGUGCAGCAGAACAACACUGAUUUCAACAUCACAACACCGUCACCAAAUGCUACCACGCCAUUCAAUCCCACCACAGAUGUUCCUCAAGCCACUACACAGCCAAAUAUGUCAACACAACAUUCUCUGAUUAACUCUACGGAGGUAUGGGAGAACGGGACUCCAUUUAACACCACAACAACACCGUUAGCUUCUACUAACUCUACCACAUCUUCAGCGUGGAGCAGUUCAAAAUAUCAUACGUCAACAUCAUCGACACCAGUGAACUCAGCAGAAACUUACACAACAAAUGGUUUCACUACAAAUGGUACACACAUGAAUACGACUUACGCUCCUCUGAAUUCAACACAAAUGCCCACAGGAGUAAAUGAAUCCACAGACAACAGUACAAACAUGGGCACGACUAACCCUCCUCUGAAUUCAACACAGGCAUACACAGGACUUAGUGGAAACAGUACAUUCAUUAACAGCACUGCUGCACCUGCAAACUCUACACAAUAUUCCACGCCAUACGCUCAUCUCAAUUCAACACAGCCAUACACAACCUUAAAUGUCACCACACCAACGUCUACAACCAUCAGUGAAUCUACAGAAAACAGUACAUACAUUAACAGCACUGCUGCACCUGCAAAUUCUACACAAAAUUCCACGCCAUACGCUCAUCUCAAUUCAACACAGCCAUACACAACCUUAAAUGUCACCACACCAACGUCUACCAUCAGUGAAUCUGCAGAAAACAGUACAUACAUUAACACGACUGCUGCACCUGCAAAUUCAACAGAAAAUUCCAUGACAUACGCUCCUCUCAACUCAACACAGCCAUAUACGACUGUUAAUGACACCACACCACUAUCAACAACCAUCAAUGAAUCUACAGAAAACAGUACAUACAUCAACAGCACUGCUGCACCUGCAAAUUCUACACAAUAUUCCACGUCAUACGCGCAUCUCAACUCGACUGUCAAUGACACCACACAACCAUAUACUUCCAUAAAUGACACCACACCACUGUACACAACCAUCAAUGAAACCGCACAGAAUAGCACACUAAUGAACGUCACCGCUCAAGCUCUGCAAUCUGCUACAACGCAUUCUUCUCUGAAUUUAACAGACGCCACCACCACAGCAGACGCGCUUCCGCCAUCACCGUCUAGUAACACCACUAUGAGUCCGCCGGUGAACUCAACAGAGUCUUUCACGCCUCUGCCGCCGUAUCAAAACACUACUGUGGACUACAACGGGACAGUUACGACACCACCUGCGGCAACACCAGCGUCUCACAACACAAGCUCCUCGCCAACAUCAGCGACGACGGUGGGGGUCAGUGCUGCCGUCACGGCAACCAAUGGCUCCUCAAACAUGACCAGCAGCAUCACAGCACUUCCUGUUCUGAAUCAAACGGUUUCCCAGGCAACUACACCUGAGCAGAUGUUACCAACAAUGCAUCCCAGCAACGUCUCCAUGUUUCCUGUUGCUCCAAACAGCACUGCCACCCCUACAACCAGCACAACCCCCAGACCAACAACUGGUGUUGUGAUUGUCAAUGGGACAACCACUGCAGUGGGCCCGGCACAUCCUGACACCACAGUGGGACUAGAAACCAAAUCAACCACAACCACCACAGCUACCACCGAGGCCACAAGGAACACAACUGAACCUCCAGGUCCUGUAAAACCGUCUUUGACGACAGCGACAUCAGUCACUACAGAGACCACAACAACAACAACAACAACAACAGUACCAACAACAGAAGCAGCAACAACUACAACCACGACCUCAAGCCCAGCCGAGCAGGCCAACCAUCUGUUGAACCAGACCAAGGACGUGGCAUCCAUGAAUGCCACCCAGAUUGCGGAGCUGGUGAGCCAGCUUGAGAGUCUGCUGUCAGGCCCUAAUGUGAGCCUGGAACUGGGGCGGCUGGUGUUGUCCUCCAUCGGGAACCUCCUCAAUGCCUCUGCUGGCUCUCUGCGGUCAUCUUCAAGCAAGUUAAUCAAGGCAGUGGAUACUUUGGCUCUGAAGCUGGUGCUGGAUAAGGAGAGUGUGACACUGGAGGCUAAUUCAUUGGUGCUGAGCGUCACAGAGAUCGAUGGCUCAACCUUUCAAGGAGGCUCCUUCCUCAUCUCCAGCCAGUUAAACCAACGGAGCUCUGGAGCCAGUGUGAGGAGAGCACAAGGAAGCACAAGAUCGUCCAACACGUCAUCACUGCUAGAUGAGGGUGAGCUUGGUCUGGUGACGCUGCCCUCCACACUGACGGAGAAUCUCAGUGCCCAGCAAGUGAAGGCACUCUCCAGGCUCCAGUUCAACUUCUACUCCAAACCUACGUUCUUUCAGGACUCGUCUCUGGACCAGAGCGUACUCAACAGCAACAUCCUGAGUGCCAGCGCGUCCAACCUGUCCAUCAGAGGCCUCAGAGAUGAUGUGGAGAUUGUGCUUAGGAACAACCAGCCCAUACAGGAAAAUGUCACAGCUGUCUGUGUGUUCUGGGACUUCGACCAAAACGAUGGCUCCGGAGGAUGGAGCUCGAAGGGGUGUUUUGUGAAGAACGCGUCCACACAGAACGAGACCAUCUGCAGCUGCAACCAUCUCACCAGCUUUGCAGUCCUGAUGGAUCUGUCCAGAGAGGGCAUCACAGACCCUCUCCAGGCCCGCAUCCUGUCCUUCAUCACCUUCAUCGGCUGCGGGAUCUCCGCCAUCUUCCUCGCCGUCACCCUCCUCACCUACAUCUCUUUCGAGAAAAUCCGUCGGGACAUCCCUGCCAAGAUCCUGAUCCAGCUGUGCCUGGCUCUGCUACUCCUCAACCUGACCUUCCUGCUGGACUCGUGGCUGGCGCUGUACCGGGACGCGGUGGGCCUCUGCAUCAGCACCGCCUGGUUCCUGCACUACUUCCUGCUGGCCUCCUUCACCUGGAUGGGCCUGGAGGCCCUGCACAUGUACCUGGCCAUCGUCAAGGUCUUCAACAGCUACAUGUCCCGAUACAUGCUCAAGUUCUCCCUCAUGGGCUGGGGCAUUCCUCUUCCUGUUGUCAUCAUCAUCAUCGCGGUGGAUAAGGACAAUUAUGGCCUUGUCACCUAUGGCAGAUACACAGAUGGGACCACAGAUGAUUUCUGCUGGCUGCGUAAUGACGUGGCCUUCUACGUGGGCGUGGUAGCGUUCUUCUGCCUGGUCUUCGUGCUGAACCUGGCCAUGUUCAUAGUGGUCAUGGUGCAGCUGCACCGCGUCAAGCGGCAGAACCCGCACAACAACCAGUACCGUUCCGGGCUGCACGACCUGCGCAGCGUGGCUGGACUCACCUUCCUCCUGGGCCUCACCUGGGGCUUCGCCUUCUUCGCCUGGGGGCCCGUCAGCAUAGCCUUCAGUUACCUCUUCGCCAUCUUCAACUCAUUACAAGGUUUCUUCAUAUUUGUCUUCCACUGCGCAAUGAAAGACAAUGUCCGCAGGCAAUGGAGGAUAUAUCUCUGCUGUGGCAGCUUACGACUGGCUGAGAAUUCAGACUGGAGUCGAACGGCCACACAGAACAACACAAAGAAGUCGUCCCUGGCAACCACCUCCUCCGUCCACUCCUCCAACUCGGCACUCACCCACAGAGCCUCCCGGAACUCCUCCGUCGCCGAUGACGCUCAAGAACAUUCCAACGGAAUCCGCUCCCCAUUUGAUGACACCAUGAUCACAGCUCUGGAGGACGCCAAUGGGGAUGUGAUUCUAAACGAGAUGAACAAUCACAACAGUUCCAGGAGACUGCAGUGAGGAUGAUGAUGAGGAACACAAAUGGCCUGGUCAGGGUUGCCAGAUAUGACUGAUGACUUCCAGCCCAAAAAAUGCUCAAGACCCACCUGUAGGCACGAAAUCCCGCCCAUUUUGAAAACAUUUUUUGGAUUUCUAUGACCAUAUAUCAUCAAAAAAAACCUUUGCCCGGCACCAUCUUUUACCCACAGAUUGUCAUCCUAAACAGCCUAAUGGGGCAGGAAACCACCCAAUCUGGCAACACUGAGCUUUAUACUGAGGCCCACUCUCUGGCUAAAAACUUGAACUUUGACCUUUAUUAUUAUUAUUAUUAUUAUUCUCCUAAUUUACUGUAGGAGCUUUCAACCUUGUAAAUCUCGUUAAAAUAUGAAGUGUUAUAUAUUACGGAAUGAAGUUUUAUGAACAUGAAGGAGAACUGAGUGAAUGAAGUGAGUUGGACCAACUAACUUGACUCUUUGCUGCCUGAAACGUCUGUCUCUGCAGUCAGUGAUGGUUACAUAAGAGACCGGUUCGGUUCCAACACUGAAGUUUCUCGCUCAGUGGGAGCUUGAGAUCCCACCAACACACACAUUUCCCACUAGGCAAUGCAAAGGAACAGUAUUAUCGUCUAGACUACACUACACCACACAGAAGCCUGAAUAUCCGACCUUCAAAUCCCUGGAGCCUUCACUGUCCCCCAUCAGUGACUGGAGUCCACCCACGGGGGCCCUGAAGGUCUUUGUAGGAAGUCAGGAUAAGGAAGUCAAAAAUAUGUCACGUUAGCUGCUACUACUGUACAGCCACUCACCCCCUGACACUCAUUCCAUUGGGAACUCUGAAGGCCAAUUGGAUGUGUUGAUGUCUGUUUUAUGGUUCACCAAGUGACUAUAGUCCAGUCAGUCAGGGUUUGGCCACUGACCAAUUUUAGGUAGGAUAAGACCAUAGAUAGAACAUAUGUUAUUUUGGAUACAACUGGGCUCUAUAGUAUCUAUGGAAUAGGGAAGUCUGAAAUAUCCUAGCAGGCAACCACUAACUAGGAUAUGAGUGCUCAGGCUUAUAUAGAUGAGUUGCCUUUUCAUAUAACAGUUACAAUCUGCCACAGCAAUUCUCUGCUAAUCUCUGGAAUCAAUUCUCUCUGACAUCAGUGUGCGUUGUUUUGACCUAAUGAUUGAUCCAAUAGACCUUAAUACAUUGCAGAGCACAGAUCACUGUUUAAAUGUUUUUUCAUGCAUAUAUUAAUACUUUUGGAUUGAAUAAAAUAUAAAGGUCUGGUCAAGUACAUUACAAUGGUGAAUGUCAAAUGAUGGCACCAUGUGGAAGAAAUGGUAAUAGUGCAAACAAAGGGAUUGUAUCGCAUUCUAAUUUCACAACGAAGGUACUUCUCGACGGGUUGCCAUCCAUUGCCUGAAGUGACUGCUGUUUAAAGCACCACUAUACUCUUGUGUCCGAUGCUUGCUACAACUAAUUCUACAUCUGAAUACUGCUACUAGACAUUAUGCUAUCAGAAAUCAAUGGCAGUCAGAUCUACCCUAAACACCAUGUUCUUAUUGGUUAUUGUAUAUGUAGGUAUGAAACGUAUAUAAAUCCUGUUGUUGUAUAUUUAUUUUGCAAGAGCACUUGUAGAUCAACCUUGUGAUUUCUUAUCUGUGACUUUUCUUCAAAUGUGUGUGUUUUUGUUACAUUUCGAUAAAUGUAGUUUUUUUAUAUUCAACUAGGAAAUAGUAAUAUAUUUUUAUAUUAAGAGUGGAAGACACUGUGUAGAUGUAGAUUUUAGCCUAAUUUCCAUUAAGAUAAUCAAAACUCUGUCUGUACUUUUGAUAAAUAGAUUUAUUUCUUAAACUUUCAAGCAACAGCAUACUAUAUGUAAAUAUCAGGAGAAAUCCAUUCUUCUUAA